CAAAAAUAAAAAUAAAAAUGGAGAAAUAGCAGCCUCGUCUAUCGCCAAAUCAUUGAAAUCAAUCUCUCUCAAACUCUUUGCGCUUCUUCCCCAAAUCUCGAUUCUACUAUCGGAAUUUCUGUUUACUUCUGGAGUACUAAAUCUUUUCCUGAUAGACUAUUUUGUGGCGCAUUAUUGAAACUGACAUUUCAAUGCGUUUCUCCAAAUUUGGUGAUAGUUGGGGUGCAUAAGGUAUAUGUUAUUUAUUAUUAGCUGAAGGGGCAAGUUAGUGAAGAUUUGAAUCUGGAGUCAUAAAUAUGUACCGCCCUGGGGCUGCGACCACUACCCGAGGUGGAUUACCAACAGAUAGUGGAGAUUCUGUUGUGACACUCGACCAAGUUCCCCGUUGGAGUGAUGCGGAGUAUAGAAACUUGUACGAGAAUGAAGAUCCUGCUUUCCAAAACUCACAUUUUCCAGACCCGCUAGCAUCUGUUUCUGAGGGAAGCAGUAGUGGAAAUGGGAUGGUUUCUAGAUUUCCUGUGGACUACGAAAUCAACUCGAAGCUAUACCUUUGGAGGGGAAACCCGUGGAAUCUUGAGGUGGAUGCUGUAGUUAAUUCGACAAAUGAGAACUUAGAUGAAGCACACGGCAGUCCUGGUUUGCAUGCUGCAGCUGGACCUGGUCUUGCAGAAGAAUGUGCUACAUUAGGUGGCUGCCGAACAGGGAUGGCAAAAGUUACUAAUGCGUAUGACCUUCCUGCAAGGAGGGUUAUACAUACUGUUGGUCCUAAGUAUGCAGUAAAAUAUCAUACUGCUGCAGAGAAUGCUCUGAGCCACUGCUAUCGGUCUUGCCUUGAACUUCUCAUUGAAAAUGGUCUGCAGAGCAUUGCAAUGGGGUGUAUAUAUACUGAAGCCAAAAAUUAUCCUCGAGAACCCGCUGCUCAUGUGGCAAUAAGAACCGUAAGACGUUUCCUUGAGAAACAGAAAGACAAAAUCCAAGCAGUUGUUUUUUGCAUUGAAACAGCAUCUGAUACUGAGAUAUAUAAAAGAUUGCUUCCACUUUACUUUCCUCGGGAUAAACUUGAGGAGGAGGUGGCUAUUUCAAAACUUCCUGCAGAUGUUGGAGAUGAAAAUGGUGAGACAGUCAUAGAUGAACGGAAAAUCAGAAUAAAGCCAUUGCCCAAUGUUAAGAAGGCUGGCCUGAGAUUUUCCCAAGCCUCUGCUGAUCUUCCAGCUGGUGAUAUUAUUCCAGUCAGCGACGUUGCUUUGACGAGACGCAGGAACUCAUCAUACUUGGAUGCAUAUCUUGAUCCUGCAUUUAUGUCCCUUAUCAAAGAUCCAGAUCAGCGACGCAAAGAACGUUGGGAAAAGGCUGCGCAAGCACGAAAUAGUUGGAAUUUUGCUAAAAUGCUUGGAUAUGGUGACCUUGGGGGCCCUCCUCUAUCUGCUGCUGAAGAAUAUUCGCUUCAUUCACGAUAUCUAGCUAAAGCAAAUUCACUUAAUCUUUCUGAAAUUGCUGAAAUGAAAAUUAUCUACCGAGGUGGGGUUGACAGUAAAGGUCGUCCAGUGAUGGUGGUUGUGGGAGCACAUUUUCUGCUUAGAUGUCUUGAUCUAGAGCGUUUUGUGCUGUAUGCAGUAAAGGAGUUUGAGCCCUUGAUACAGAAGCCGUAUUCUAUUGUCUAUUUCCACUCCGCAGCAUCAUUACAGGCGCGACCAGAUCUGGGAUGGAUGAAGAGAUUACAGCAAAUACUUGGCCGAAAACACCAGCACAAUUUGCAUGCUAUUUAUGUACUCCAUCCAACCUUUGGUCUGAAAUCUGCAAUUCUUGCACUGCAAAUGUUUGUGGAUGAUGUGGUGUGGAAGAAGGUGAUAUACGUUGAUCGUCUUCUACAACUAUUCAAAUAUGUCCCCCGUGAGCAAUUAACUAUUCCAGAUUUUGUCUUCCAGCAUGAUUUAGAAGUAAAUGGAGGGAAGGGCCUUAUUGUCGAUCCAAGGACAAAAUAUGUCUAUCGAAGACCAUAAAUAUGAAAGCAGUUGUCUGAAAUUCAGCUUUUCUGCCCAGAAACCGAGUAUGUGGUUAGCACUGUUCUUUUCGUGCAUUUCAUUUACUGUUAACAGGAUCAGGUUGUAAUUGGUUUUUAUUGUGUAUUAUUCUCCAUCUUUUCCUGUGUUUGAAGGAUGUUCUUGGAUUUGUGAUGUAUGAUGGAAAUAUAUUUCUUAUUUUUCAUUUAUUGAUAUUUGUUGUAUGUAUCGUUGUCGACACUAAGCUAUUAGUAAUUUAGUAUUUUUCUGGUA